UUCUUUACACGUAACGUAAACUUCGCUAUAUCUUAUUGUGUUGCGAAUGGAGACACGGCGCCAUUUAUGGGUCACAAUGCCUGGCUGCGCUGGUCGGCUGUCCAAGAGGUUGCAGCGGCUGAUCCUGACGACGGCAUCAAGAAGAUCUGGGCAGAAUGGACGGUAUCGGAGGACUUCGAGAUGUCCAUGCGCCUCUUGAUUGCAGGCUACAUUACCCGCUGGGCUACAUACUCCAAAAACGGCUACCUCGAAGGCGUCUCUCUCACGUGUCAAGACGAGCUCAACAGGUGGCAAAAGUAUGCUUUCGGUGUCUCUGAGCUCCUCUUUCACCCGCUCCACCAAUGGGUCUAUAAGGGUCCUAUCACCCCUCUGUGGCGAAGAUACAUAUGGGCGAAGCAGAUCCCACUCCACGCCAAGAUGGGUUGCUUCUCAUACAUCUUCUCAUACUACGCCAUUGCAUCUGCCUUCCCGCUUACCAUCGCUCUGACCCUCGCGCAAGCUUGGGCAGCUCCUGUGCUUGAUCAGGCCUUCUUGGAACCCUUUCAAGUUUGGGUCGCUGUCGUUGUCAUCUUCUGCGGUCUAGGUAACUUUGGCUAUAUGGCUGCCAAGUUCCGAGCCCGGACGCAGUCCUUCCAGCCUAUCCUCAAGGAUCACAUAAAGUGGGCGUUCUUCAUGAUCACGUUCUUUGGCGGCAUUUCCUAUCACGUCAUGACAGCUCUGUUCGCACACCUCGUGUGCUACAACAUGACUUGGGGAUCCACACUCAAAGACCUAGAAGACUCCAACUUCUUCAAAGAGAUUCCAGCAAUCCUCAAGCACAAUUGGCAGUUGCUCAUCCUCUGCUUCACCGUACUUGCUGGAACGGGCGUCAUAUUCAGCGACCUCCUCCCCAUUGCCUGGCAAGGACAUGGGGGCUGGUUUGUCUGGUGGACUCCUGUGCUCCUCUCCGGAGGCCAUAUCCUCUACCACUUCGUUCUCAAUCCCCAGCUUUUACGCUUUUCUUUCUGA